AUGCAGAGUCUUCUGAGAGCUCACAGUCAUAGUCAUAUCGCGUCGUUGUUUGACAUUCGUAUCGACUCAACCGAACGCGAUGUCAUUGUCUUCAGAGGUCCACCAGGCGAGAGCGCCGGCGUACUCCUCAAAGGAACCGUCGUCCUAUCUCUACUGGAAACAACCUCGAUCCGGUCUAUCACGCUGAAGUUCUAUGGACGUGCGAGGGUUAUGUGGAAUGAGACGUAUAUCACAUCCAGCCGUGCCCAGAGUACACGAGUACAGAAGCAGGAAAACACGGUGUAUGAGCAUGAGUGGUCUUUCUUGCCCUUUGGGAAGCACAGUCAUACGAUUGGAAAGGGAAAUUACGAGUAUCCGUUUGAGGUUGUCUUGCCCGGAGAUCUUCCCGAGUCGAUUGAGGGUAUGGAGGGCGGACACAUCAUCUACAAGAUGAAGGCAGUGGUGGAGAGAGGAGGGUUCACGGCGGCCAACUUGGUCAAGAAGAAGCACAUUCGCGUUAUCAGAACGUUGUCGCCUGCUGCAUUGGAGUUGUCGCAGACGAUGCUCGUGGAGAACACCUGGCCCAACAAGAUCGACUACUCUAUCAGUAUACCUUCAAAGGCGGUGGUAAUCGGUUCCGUCAUCCCUAUCAACAUCACUUUGGUACCCCUGAUUAAGGGUCUUAAUAUUGGGAAGAUUUCCGUUACUCUGAAGGAGUAUUAUACGUUGAACGCAGCGCACGGUCUUCACGGCCUGCCGGCCAGCAAGUCGGAUGUCAGGACAGUGCAGUCGAUGCGCAUUGACGAACUGCCGACCGGCCAAGAUCAAUGGGAAGUUAACGAGGCCAUGAUCCUUCCCAAAUCACUUUCUCAAUGUACGCAAGAUUGCGAUUCGGACUACAUCAAGGUCCGACACAAGCUCAAGUUCACAGUUUCUCUCAACAACCCCGACGGGCAUGUUUCGGAAUUGCGUGCAGCUUUGCCAGUAAUGCUAAUGAUUUCACCCCGCACCCAUGAGGACGGCACGAUUCCUGACGAAGCUUCCGGCAGUUACACUGACAGCAACGGAUUCACCCAUGACGAGAACGCACUGCCGAGCUACGACCUGCACAUGUACGACCGUCUGUGGGAUGGCAUCUCGUACACCGGUGUCAAUACGCCAAUGACGAGUGGUUUCGCUACGCCCGCAAACCGCAGUAGACGAAGCUCCAUAGACCUCAACGACGCCAGCGGGUCUGGCUUUGGUCCUGGAAAUUCGGCGUCGCAGCAGAUGCAGCUCAUGGCUGGUUUGACUGCCCUUGCUGAGCGACAAGCUCGUGGUAUCUCGCCCCGCCCAAUCAACGUGCAUGAUGCGCCAUCGCAUUACUCGGUCCCUGCGACACCAUUGCACCCGCCAGAGGGAAUGGAGGGUUCGCAGGGCCCGCAUGACCACUCGGCGCCGCCAGGAGACUACUUCUCCCCUCGUAUUGGAUCAUCGGCGGCGAUCUCUGACGGGGCACGGACUCCGGCAGUGGAUAUGCCUGAGCAGAGUUUGGAGGAUUUGAGCAAGGUCCCGUCCUACGAUUCUGCGCUCAGGGUGAACACCCUGACGUUGGAGCCUUCUACAGCGGAUUUGCCUACAUAUGAGGACAGCAGUCGACCACCAUCGAGAACCGGGUCCCAGGCGGAGAUCACUCCUGCGGUCACGCCACCGAGAGGAUUGCAGAGGCCCCCACCUACGCACACGAGAUCGCACAUUUCGAGGACGUCGAGUAGUUUGGCGUUGAGGAUGCUUCAUGGAAAGAGGAGAGAGCACUAA